CGGCGGUAGACAAAUUGUCCAAUACAAGCAACGGCUGACGUACUCAAAACCACGAACCAAACCUCCAUCUUUCGCUUCUCUGUGAGUACUGCGAGCCGAUUAUGAAUAUUGCGCUACAUGACCUUCGGUGGCAGUCGUCGCCUGGUGUAUGGGCUGGAUAACUACGUUCUUCUGUUCUUUGUGCUUCCUGUUGUUUUCUUCCUAAUCUGCCUUGCCCGGCUGCUAUGGACAUCGCUCAAACAAUCUAGAAGACCUUCCUCUACUCCAACGUUACCUCUAGCAAUUACCAGAGAGUCCGAAGCAGGUGAAUGCCCGAUAUGCAUGGACAGUUACUCCUUUCCUGUUGCCACCAACUGCGGCCAUCUUUUUUGUGCUCGUUGCUUCUGUCUUCACUGGCAGCGAACAUUUUACAGCCGACAGAUUAAUUGCCCUAUGUGCCGUGGACACGUGAGUUCGCUGUCGUUGAAUUCGACCGCAAUCCAGAUCUAUUCUCCUCACUUUUGUUCCACUGCGUCGCUUGUAUGCAUUGAGAUCGUUAGUUGGACAUUUAUGAUUGAGUGCACUCCAUAA